AUGUCAUUAUGGGAAUGCUUCUUGAUCCGUACAUUAAUUACGUUAACAAUAUUUUUGAACGCUAUUUCAAUACCAGCAAUAGUCAUCGAACGAGCGAUUGGGACGUAUUUUGCAUCAAAAUAUGAAAAAAUUGGCAAAAAAGUCGGUUUCACGUUGGUCAUAGCACAGAUUAUCAUUGCCAGUGGAAGUUUUUUCACAGUUCUUCGUGACGAACCGCUCAGCACAAAAAAAGUACCCUACUGUUCAUCGGUAAAUAGCGAAGAACGAUCUCUGAAGCAUAUCUCACUUUCACUGAAAACAGUUUCAAUCACUAUUAGAAUGAAUAUCGCUGGUAUUUACCAGCGAAAAAAAAACAUCUAA